ACUGGACCGGACCGGACCGGACCGGCAUCCUGGACCGGAGAGGGAGGGGCCCUGGCCGGGGGACCGAGGCCCCCCUGGCCAGAAGAUGGGCGGAGAUCUGGUCAGGCACUUUCCCCCACCAGCCGCUUCUGGCCUUUGCCGCCAUGUUUGCCGACUUGGAUUAUGACAUCGAGGAGGACAAGCUAGGGAUCCCAACUGUGCCCGGAACAGUGACCCUACAGAAAGACCCACAGAACCUGAUUGGAAUCAGCAUUGGGGGAGGGGCGCAGUACUGCCCCUGUCUCUAUAUCGUCCAGGUGUUCGACAACACGCCGGCCGCCCUGGAUGGGACCGUGGCCGCUGGCGACGAGAUCACCGGCGUGAACGGCAAAUCGGUCAAAGGCAAAACCAAAGUGGAAGUGGCCAAGAUGAUCCAGGUGGUGAAGGGAGAAGUGACGAUCCACUACAACAAGCUGCAGGCCGACCCCAAGCAGGGCAAGUCGCUGGACAUUGUGCUGAAGAAGGUGAAGCACCGGCUGGUGGAGAACAUGAGUUCGGGGACCGCAGAUGCCCUGGGCCUGAGCCGCGCCAUCCUCUGCAACGACGGCCUGGUGAAGAGGCUGGAGGAGCUGGAGCGGACGGCGGAGCUGUACAAAGGCAUGACCGAGCACACCAAGAGCCUGCUGCGGGCUUUCUUCGAGCUGUCCCAGACCCACCGAGCCUUCGGGGACGUGUUCUCCGUGAUCGGGGUGCGGGAGCCCCAGCCCGCCGCCAGCGAGGCCUUCGUCAAGUUUGCCGACGCUCACCGCAACAUUGAGAAGUUCGGGAUCCGGCUGCUGAAAACCAUCAAGCCCAUGCUGACCGACCUGAACACCUACCUGAAUAAAGCCAUCCCCGACACCCGCCUCACCAUCAAGAAGUACCUGGAUGUCAAGUUCGAGUACCUAUCCUACUGCCUGAAGGUGAAGGAGAUGGACGAUGAGGAAUACAGCUGCAUCGCCCUGGGCGAGCCCCUGUACCGGGUCAGCACCGGCAACUACGAGUACCGGCUGAUCCUGCGCUGCCGUCAGGAAGCGCGCACGCGGUUCGCCAAGAUGCGGAAGGACGUGCUGGAGAAGAUCGAGCUGCUCGAUCAGAAACACGUGCAGGACAUGGUCUUCCAGCUCCAGCGCUUCGUGUCCACCAUGUCCAAGUACUACGACGACUGCUACGCGGUGCUGCGCGACGCCGACGUGUUCCCCAUCGAGGUGGACCUGGCCCGCACCACGCUGAGCUACGGCCACAAGGAUGCGUUCACCGACGGGGCGGACGACGACGAGGACGAGGACGAGGAGAGGAGGAGGGCGGCGGCGGCCGGGGGCAGCGGGCCCCCGCGGGACGAGGACGGCCAGAAGCUGAUCGACGACGCUUGAACGGU